AUGCGCCCCGGGCUACUUCUGGCCACAGUUGGGAUUCUUGUUCAAGUGCCAGACCAGGGGCCAUCCAGUCAGAAACACCUGGAUCCCAGGUCUCCCUUGGCUCAUGCUGGUUAUGUGAUUGAGUUUUCAUUUGUAUCCCCAAUACUGAUCAAAGUCCCUGUAAGAACUGUUGAGGAAUCCCCUGGGAAAAAGAUAUUUGAUGUAAUUUAUCCACGGAAACGGCAUGUCAUACAUAAGAGAGAUAUAGAAGACCAAGGGCCUAAAAAGCAGGAGAAGUAUGAAGAUUGGGUGCAGUAUGAAAUCAAUUUAAAAGGAAAAACCGUGGUACUUCAUUUGGAAAAAAACAAGGAGCUCCUGUCCCCAGAUUAUGUGGAAGUUCGAUAUUUGUCCACAGGCGAAUCAGUCACUUCGAGCCCUCAGAUCAUGGAAAACUGCUAUUACCAAGGACACAUCCUGGAUGAGGAGAUGUCUACAGCCAGCAUCAGCACCUGUCGGGGUCUAAGGGGAUUCUUUGAACAUCAGAAACAAAGGUACUUAAUUGAACCAUUGGGGUUGGCAGAUCAAGAAGAGCAAGAGCAUGCUCUGUACACAUAUGAAAGCCAGGAACAGAAUCUUCCUGAGACAUCUUGUGGAGUGGACAUGGUAGAAGAGGAAGAACCACUCCUGGAGAAGACUGUGAGGUCAGGCAACAACCCCAUGAAACAAGAAGACAUGAAUCAAAAGAAAUAUAUCGAGUAUUAUUUGGUCCUUGAUAAUAAAAUGUUCCAAAAGUACAACCAAAAUCCAGAGGAAAUAAGACAGAGGGUUUUUGAUAUGGUCAACUUUGUCAACAUGUUGUAUAAAAAACUCCAUAUCCAAGUGGCCUUGGUGGGAAUGGAGAUAUGGACAAAUGGAAAUAAGAUAAAAAUAAGCCCCAAAGCAAAUGUGACUUUGGAGAAUUUCUCAAAUUGGCGAGGGGGUAUUCUCCCCAAAAUGAAGCGCCAUGAUGUUGCCCAAUUAAUCACGGGGACAGACUUCACUGGACCCACUGUGGGCUUGGCAUUCAUGUCAACAAUGUGCUAUCCAUACCACUCGGUUGGCAUCGUACAGGACCACAGUUAUGACUUCCUCAGGGUUGCAGGAACAAUGGCCCAUGAAAUGGGCCAUAAUUUUGGAAUGUACCAUGACACCUAUCUGUGCAAGUGCCCUUCUUCAAUAUGUGUGAUGGAUCAGGCGCUCAGCUAUUAUAUACCCCAGGACUUCAGUUCCUGUAGUCGCAACAGCUUUGAGAAAUUCCUGAGAACAGCAUCACCAAGCUGCCUGAAGAAUGUCCCUUUACCUAGUGAUAUAAUAUCCACCCCAAUCUGUGGGAACCUGCUACUAGAAUCAGGAGAAGAAUGUGAUUGUGGGUCCCCAGAGGAAUGUACCAAUGUUUGCUGUGAUGCCACAACAUGUAAAAUCAAGCCGAAUUUUAAGUGUGCGUUUGGAGAAUGCUGUGAAAACUGCCAGAUCAAAAAGGCUGGGACCCUGUGCAGGCCAAGGAAAGAUGACUGUGACCUGCCAGAAAUGUGCGAUGGCACGUCUGGGAGCUGUCCGGAGGACCGAUUCCGAGUCAAUGGAUUUCCCUGCCAGAAUGGGCAAGGCUACUGCCUGAGGGGGCGGUGCCCAACCCUGCAGGACCAGUGUGUCAGUCUUUGGGGGGAAGGGGCUCAAGUUGCUGAAAAGUCGUGCUUCAAAGUAAACACUGCUGGUUCGGCGUAUGGCUAUUGCCGGAAGGUGGAUGACAGGCACAUCCCAUGUAAGGCGGGGAGUUCUAUGUGUGGCAAGUUAUACUGUCAUGGAGGAUCAGAUGUUUUGCCCUGGAAGGGAAGGAUCAUGUCUUUCCUAACCUGCAAAACAUUUUCAUCAGAAAACGACAAUCAAGAGGUUUCCAUGGUGGCUAAUGGAACCAAGUGUGGAAACAAGAGUGUAUGCAUCAAUGGAGAUUGUAUAGACAUUGAGAGUGCCUACAAGUCAUCAAAUUGUUCCUCAAAGUGCAAAGGACAUGCAGUCUGUGACCAUGAGCUUCAGUGUCAGUGUGAAGAAGGAUGGUUACCUCCCAACUGUGACAAUUCCACCACUGUUUUCCAUUUUUCCAUUGUGGUGGGUAUACUGGUUGCACUCUCCACGAUAGUUAUCAUUGCCGCAAUUGUUGUCCGAUAUCAGAGCAGAGCUAAGAGAAAAAAAGUUACAAGCCCAUCCUGCCCCACCUCAGGCUCCAAACCAAGACAAUGGAGACCAAUGAAGAGACAACCGGUUGUGCAAAAUACUCAUUCUCAUGAGAUGGGUCCAGUGAGUCCACCUGUGUCUGCACCUCCAAUGGAGAGUAAUAAACCACCACUUUCUCUUAUAAUUACAAAGCCAACUCUUCUACUACCUCUUGUUCCUACAACUAGGUCUUCAUUUGUCCACCCAGCUAAAUGGGUGCAGCAAAAUUUGUGUUUUAAAGGCGGCAAUGAGUAUACAUUUAACCUUGUGGAUAUAAACCUUUUAAGUUUCCCAGGAGCAGUCAAUGAGGGAAUGGCAGCAUUUCCCUUUGCUGCUUUUAAGCACAAUCCCUGGCUGCAUCUCAGGGCAAACAUCCCCACGUUUGAAGCAUCUGAACAAGGAUGGGUGAACAAUUCAGAAAUCUAG